CAAAGAAAAGAAAAUAAUUCAAAAACUAAAUUCUGAAUUAAAACUUAACUUAUCAGAGCCUAAUUUAGAACAAGUUAUUAGCCAAAUUAAAGAAUUAAUUAAUAAGCCAGACACAACGCCUACUGUUAUUGUCGACAACCAAGCCGAAACUUUGACAAAGGAAAACCAACAAUUACAACAAACUAUCCUUAAUUUACAGCAACAAUUAACUAACUCUGAAACCCCCUUUGGUGAGGACUUAUCCACUAUUAAGCAAUUAGACUUAACCAGUUUAGAGCAAUUAUUCCCUAAUCAGUUGGAGAAUAGUUUUAAAUCUCAACUCCUGGCGGCUACUAGUUAUCAGCAAUUAGUUAAAACUAGGCAGGAAUUUAUUCAAAAACACCUACAAAAAGAAAGUUCUAAUGACUUAUCCACCUUAGUUCCAACUAAUAAUCCCGCACCCAACCUAAAAACUGAAAGAAUUAUUUGGUUAAGUUUGCUAGUGGCAAGUUUAUUAACC